AUGUCUGGUCAACAAGAAGAGACUAUCACCCAGGUCGGUACCGAACGAUUCGGUUUCGACUCUCGAGUUGAAGUUGAUGUCUUGAGGAGCUUAUACCUUACCCCCGCUUUCCUCAAAGAAGGUGACAAAGUACAAGAUAUUGCCGGUGUUGGUCACAAGGAGUACGGAUCCGAGUCUGUCUACUUCAAGGAAACCGAUUCCAUCCAAUACACCACCGUCGCCAAAUUCCCUCCCGUUAAGAACCUUCCCAAUACCGAGCGAAAGCGAAUCCUCGUUACUGGUGGUGCCGGUUUCGUCGGUUCCCACUUGGUCGACCGUCUCAUGCUCCUCGGUCAUGAGGUCACUGUCCUCGACAACUUCUUCACCGGUAGCAGGACUACCGUCUCCCACUGGGUUGGUCACCCCAAUUUCGAGAUGGUUCGACACGAUGUAGUCAACCCUUUCCUGAUCGAAGUUGACCAAAUCUACCAUCUCGCCUGUCCCGCUUCUCCUCCUCACUACCAAUAUAACGCUGUCAAGACCAUCAAGACAUCCUUCAUGGGUACCCUUAACAUGCUCGGUCUCGCCAAGCGAACCAAAGCUCGAUUCCUCAUCACCUCUACUUCCGAGGUCUACGGUGACCCCGAGGAGCACCCUCAAAGAGAGGAAUACUGGGGUCAUGUCAACUGUAUCGGUCCCCGAGCCUGUUACGAUGAGGGUAAGCGAGUGGCUGAAACCCUUACCUACGGUUAUCAAAGACAAGAUGGCGUCGACGUCCGAGUUGCCCGAAUCUUCAAUACUUUCGGUCCACGAAUGAACCCUUACGACGGUCGAGUCGUUUCCAACUUUAUCAUCCAAGCUCUCAAGGGUCAAGACAUGACCGUUUAUGGUGAUGGUCAACAAACCCGAUCCUUCCAAUACGUUCACGAUUUGAUCGACGGUCUGAUUCUUCUCAUGAACGGUGAUGAGACUCGACCAACCAACAUUGGUAGUUCCCACGAGUUUACCAUCAUGGAGUUCGCCGAAGCUGUCCGAGACAUCGUUGAAAAACUUCAAAAGGAAGAAGGUGUUGCCAACCCCAAGAGAGUCGGCAUCAUUCACAAGGAGAUGCCCGUCGACGAUCCCCAAAGACGACGAGCUGACACCGCUCGAGCCAAGGAAUCUCUUCAAUGGCAACCCAGAUGGUCCGUUAGACAAGGUGUUGAAGAGAUGGCCAGAUAUUACCUCAAACAGAUCAAAGAAGGAAAGCUCUAA